UCUUCAUACAUAUUUCUUCAUUUACUCCGUCAUCUUGAAAUGGAGUGUCUGAUGAAAAAGGAAGAGCCUUCGUCUAAUGAACUCAUAAAAACACUCGAAAAAAAUGUAGCGAUCUUGAAAAUAGAAAAUCACUAUAAUUCAAAGAUCAGUUACGAAUUGGAUGUUAAACUCAUGUACUUCCAUAACGUAUCACGUAGUCUCGCGGAUAAACUUGAAUCUUUAUGGAAAUUAGCUGAAGCACAUCAACCAACGGAAAAUGAAAUAAAACAAUUUGCUGAUCAAAUUGCAGGUUUAUGGACUUCUAUAAAUCGUCAGAUUUAUGAAAAAUAUUCUAAAAUACGAAUGGGUAGUGGAACAUUGCACGGAGUACCAUUAUCAAUAAUUCUUAAUAAAAUAAAAAAAGAAAUUAUUCUAUUCAAAGUAUCAUUACAACGUCAUGAAUCUAUUUAUGAUCAAGAACAUAUAUUAAAAGGAUACAAGCUAAUUACCAAAAGUGAAAAAUUUAUAAGCAGCUUACAAAAAUGUGAUAGCAAGUUGCAACAACUCUUAUGCAUAUCAAAUAUUAUGCCACGUCUUAUAAAAUUACAAUCUGCGAUUGAUAAAUAUGUUACCACUAUUGAAUUACUACCUACAAGGAGUUUUCCUGCAUAUGACUUAAGUGCCUUUUCAUUAGUUGCAAAAUUAUUGACUGGUGAAUUACUUGGUUAUGAAUCAAUUAAUCCUAGUUAUGUUCUAAUGGAAAAUAUGCCUAAAAAGCCUGUUUUUAUUAUCAAAAACGUUAAACGCAAAUCAAUUCAUCCAUAUUAUCCAACAUAAAAUAUAUUUGUAAUAUUUACAGUCUUAAAUAUGAAAUAUUUAAAACGUUUUCAAAAUGAACUAUUGUAUGUAGGAUAAUGUACAUAAAUAUUAAUAGUAAAUAAUGACUUUAUAUAAUUAAUUAAUUAUUAUCUUUAUUUACUUAAUGACUGAUAUUUGGCAACGUGCUGCACAUUGGGCAAAUGGAAUUUACAUCGAUAAAAGUAUCCAAGUCCUUAUCAAUACUAUACACAAUAUAGCUAUAUUAAUUUACAAUAUACAAACAUACAAUAUUUGAAUCCUGCUAAGCAGAAAAAUAUCUUAAAUACCACAGUUCCAGAAAUAGUGAAAAAUAUGGAUGGCGUAUUUUUAUAUAUGUAAAAGGAA